GGUACCCCGCCUGGUAGAGAUGCCACACUCGCUCCGCGGUUCGCAUGGCGCUCUGAAGACGCCGGCGCCCGCCGCCUUGAGGAGCCGCUGCCCCCGCUCCCUGAAGAUGGGGGAACAAUGAAAUAAGCGAGAAGAGCCCUCUUCUCCCCCCUCUCUCUCGCCCCCUCCCCCCUCCCCUCCCCUCUCCCCUUGACUCCUCUCCGAGGCACCAUGCUGACCCGCCUGUUCAGCGAGCCCGGCCUCCUCUCGGACGUGCCCAAGUUCGCCAGCUGGGGCGACGGCGACGACGACGAGCCGAGGAGCGACAAGGGCGACGCGCCGCCGCCACCUCCUCCUGCGCCCGGGCCGGGGGCUCCGGGGCCCGCCCGGGCCGCCAAGCCAGUCGCCCUCCGCGGAGAAGAGGUGUCGGAGGCCACGCUAGCAGAGGUCAAGGAGGAAGGCGAGCUGGGGGGCGAGGAGGAGGAGGAAGAGGAGGAGGAGGAAGGGCUGGACGAGGCGGAGGGCGAGCGGCCCAAGAAGCGCGGGCCCAAGAAGCGCAAGAUGACCAAGGCGCGCCUGGAGCGCUCCAAGCUGCGGCGGCAGAAGGCGAACGCGCGGGAGCGCAACCGCAUGCACGACCUGAACGCCGCGCUGGACAACCUGCGCAAGGUGGUGCCCUGCUACUCCAAGACGCAGAAGCUGUCCAAGAUCGAGACGCUGCGCCUCGCCAAGAACUACAUCUGGGCGCUCUCGGAGAUCCUGCGCUCCGGCAAGCGGCCGGACCUGGUGUCCUACGUGCAGACGCUGUGCAAGGGUCUGUCACAGCCCACCACCAACCUGGUGGCCGGCUGCCUGCAGCUCAACUCGCGCAACUUCCUCACGGAGCAGGGCGCCGACGGCGCGGGCCGCUUCCACGGCUCCGGCGGCCCGUUCGCCAUGCACCCCUACCCGUACCCGUGCUCGCGCUUGGCGGGCGCACAGUGCCAGGCGGCCGGCGGCCUGGGCGGCGGCGCGGCGCACGCCCUGCGGACCCACGGCUACUGCGCCGCCUACGAGACGCUGUACGCGGCGGCGGGCGGCGGCGGCGCGAGCCCGGACUACAACAGCUCCGAGUACGAGGGCCCGCUCAGCCCCCCGCUCUGCCUCAAUGGCAACUUCUCGCUCAAGCAGGACUCGUCGCCCGACCACGAGAAGAGCUACCACUACUCUAUGCACUACUCGGCGCUGCCCGGCUCGCGGCCCGCGGGCCACGGGCUGGUCUUCGGCUCGUCGGCUGUGCGCGGGGGCGUCCACUCCGAGAAUCUCUUGUCUUACGAUAUGCACCUUCACCACGACCGGGGCCCCAUGUACGAGGAGCUCAAUGCGUUUUUCCAUAACUGAGACCUCGCGCCGGCCCCCCUUCUUUUUCUUUGGCCUUUGCCCGCGAGGGCAGGGGCGUCCCCACCUUCCCCGGCGCCGGGCGCGGGGAGCGGGCCCUCUCCGGAGCGGCGCGGACCUCUUCCAUGUGGGUGGCCCGUCCCAGGGGCCUCGCUUCCCCCAGGGGCCUCGCCUCCUCUCUCCCCCAAGGGGUUCCCUCCUCCUCUCUCCCAGGAAGUACUUCUCCAGGGACCUCGCUCCGGGGGCUUCCUAGGGACCACGUGCGCCCACCCCAACUCCUCAGUUUGGGUGUCCUGCGCCCUCUCCUCCCUGCAGGCCCGAAGGCGUUGGUAAGGCGACAGCCGAGCUGUGGGAUGCGGUUUUCCCCUCUCCCGAUUUAUUGUUGUAAAAACAGACGCCGACCUGCCGAGGCAGACAGCAGCCGGGCGUCCCCUCUUUCUUGAAGAGGCCAGAAGUUAGGGCGCCCGAGCCCGGGCCUGGACCGCCUUCACCCCCAACCCCGAAUCUCCGCUUUUUGCGAUUUUAAUUUUGGCGGGAGGGGACGUGCAUUGAGAGGAAAGAGAGAGGCCGAGACAGUUUGUAACUAGAAACCAUUUUUCCCUUUUCAUUUUUUUUAAACAAACAUAGAAAAAAAACAAAACAAAACAAAAAAGCUAAGAGGCGACGGAGGCCGAACGCAGAGUCCGGAUCGGAGAGAAAACGCAGUAAGAACUUUUAGAAGCAAUAAAUGGCAAAAAAAAAAAAAAAUACUACCAAUAAUAAAAAGACACAAAUAUCUAUGCAAGGAGGUUCUGACUGAGCCUAGCGGUCCGCCCGCCCGGGGUGCCCCUCCCGGCUGCCGACCGCCCCGCCCCAGCGCGGGUCUGUGCACUUUGGUGAAGUGGGGGCCCGCGCCGCCCCCUCCCCUCCCCAGGUUCUUACAAUCAGUGACUCGGAGAUUUGGGGCCCCAGUGCCACUGCCCUCCCCCGCCCCGUCCCCGUUGUGCGUCAUGCUGUUUUUUAAAAACCUGUUUCCAAAUUUGUAUGGAAUGGCAAACUGUUGGGGGGUCGGUUUGGGGAGGGAGGGUUUGCAUGAGAGACACACACGCACACACACACACACACCACACCGCACGCACACCGCACGCACUUCACCGCAGGCACGUGCAGGCCUGGCGCCGGCGUCCGGGGGGACUCAAGGAGGUGAGCUCACUGCCCCCUACCCCGCGGGCACUUCCUUCCCCUCCCCCAGGAGUGAGGUGAGGAGGGGGCGCUCCCAUCCCUGCGCAGACGGGUGCCUCGGUGGGCACCAGGUGCCCAGCGGUUCCCAGUGGCUGGAGAAGGUUUAUUUUGUCCGGGGUGUCCUCCCGGCAAUUGCCUGGCAGGUGGACAGGGAGAGCUGAGGGCUCCUUCUGGGAGGUCUCUCCCCAAAGGAGCAAAAGGUGAACUUCUUGCUGUCAGAGGCAGGGGCCCAGGCGUUCAAGCACACGAUGCAAAAAUGCAAACCCGCAGGUGACACUCACACACACACCCACACCCCCACACACUCACCCACACACCCACACACCUACACAUAAUUUUACCUUCCUCUUGUAGCGAAGAUGAACUCCCGGCGGACACCCGAAGUGCAUUGCGUGUUUCUGUUCAGUUUAAUGACGAUUAAUAAAUAUUUAUGUAAAUGAGAUGCAAA